AUGACUGAUAGCUAUAUGAUGCGGUUUUCCGACUAUGAGUACGACUACAUGAUUCCUCGACCGGACGGUAGUAUCAUUGUCGGGGGCGGAAGGCGCGACUACUACAAAGACUUAGACGAAUGGUUUGAUGUAUCCGACGACAGCAGACUGAUGGAUGGCGCGCGGCAUUACUUUGACGGUUACAUGCAACGGCAUUUCCGCGGGUGGGAGAACAGCGGUGCCCAAACAGAAGACCUCUGGACCGGUAGAUUUAGCGGGCACGGUAUGCCGCAGAUCUUCUUCUGUGCAAAGGCCAUUGCUUCCAUGGUAAUCACGGGCGAUGCAGAAGAUGUGGAUCUUCCUGUGCCGUACCGCAUCACCAGGAGUAGAUGGUACCAGCAAAAAGAACAUGUGUCUCUGAAGAUGUGGCAACAGAUUGCCGAAACCCAGCCUGCUCAAGCACGGUUGUGA